UGUACAUUAUAAUGUAGCCGUGUCUGCCCAGGCGACACAGUUACCCCUUCAUCGGCGCAACGAACGUUACACUCGUGCAACUAACACGUUCAAACGUCGUUUCCGACAACAAUGGCGACCGUUCCAGCAGCCACUCCUUUGGAGACUACAGCACCUCUACCACAGCCAGUAACAAUCACCAAACCAGAAGAAAUCCACGAGAAAGCCGAGAGCGUUACAUCGAGUGACGAUGAGGGCCACGAGAAAUCCCAUCAGCGCAACGAAGAAUCAGCGAACAAUGACGAUACCAAUGGCGACGACCUCACACGAGCGCCUUCAGCGGCGCCGUCAGAGGUGUAUCCGGAAGGCAAACAAGUCGUUCUCGUUAUGAUCGCCAUUCUACUCGCUGUCUUCCUGAUGGCCUUGGAUCGAACCAUCAUCGCCACGGCAGUACCCCAAAUCACCAAUGACUUCCACUCACUCGACGAUAUUGGAUGGUAUGCAAGUGCAUUCAUGCUCACAGCCUCAUGCUUCCAACUCCCCAUCGGCAAAAUCUACACCUUCUACUCCCCGAAAUGGGUCUUCCUCACCGUCAUCGGCAUCUUCGAAAUCGGUUCCACGAUCUGCGGCGCAGCACCCAAUUCCGUUGCUUUUAUCAUCGGAAGAGCGAUUGCCGGAGUGGGUUCCGCGGGAAUAAUGUCCGGGGCCAUCAUUCUAAUGGUUAGCGUUGUUCCGUUGGCGAAGCGUCCAGUGUACCAAGGGUUCUUCGGAGCGGUUUUUGGCGUGGCUUCUGUGAUUGGACCUUUGCUUGGUGGAGCUUUCACUACGGAGGUUUCCUGGAGAUGGUGCUUUUACAUCAAUCUCCCCAUUGGUGGAGUCGCGAUGCUUGUGAUCUUCUUCAUCCUGAAAGAGACACCAGCCGCGCAGCCUGAUCUCACUUUCCGACAGCAGUCGGCUCAGCUCGAUCUCCUCGGCGAGCUAUUCCUCCUGCCCAGCAUCAUCUGCUUGCUUCUGGCGCUCCAAUGGGGAGGUGCAACAUACCAGUGGAGCGAUGGGCGCAUCAUAGCUCUGUUUGUCGUGUUUGGCGUGACGCUCAUUGCUUUCAUCGCCGUUCAGAUAUGGAAGCCAGAAACCGCUACUAUUCCCGGACGAAUCGUCAAGAACAGAAGCAUCAUGGCCGGAAUGCUCUUCGUCUUCUGUCUGGCCUCUGCCAUGAUGAUCUUCGUCUACUACGUGCCCAUCUGGUUCCAGGCUGUGAAGGGUACGACAGCAGUACAAAGUGGAAUUGAUACGAUCCCUAUGGUGCUCUCCCUGGUCGUUGGCGCCAUAUCAUCAGGACAAUUGAUCGGCCGCUUCGGCUACUAUACGCCAUUUGCCAUGGCAGGCUCUGUCCUCAUGCCCAUCGGUGCGGGUCUAAUGACGACCUGGAACCUUUCGACGACCAGCGGCUACUGGAUCGGCUACCAAAUUCUCUUCGGCUACGGUAUUGGUGUUGGCAUGCAACAAGGUGGCAUGGCCGCGCAAACUGUUCUGAACAAAAAGGACGUCCCGACUGGUGUGUCGCUCAUGUUCUUCGUACAACAACUCGGCGGAGCCAUAUUCGUAUGCGUUGGCCAGAAUGUCUUCAACACAUCGCUCAUCAACGGCCUCGUAAGACUGGUCAAGGACCUCGACCCAAUGCAGAUCGUCAACACCGGAGCGACAGAAAUCAGAGACAUCGUGCCAGAGGGAGAACUAGAACAGGUUCUUGUCAUAUACAAUGGAGCCCUUCGACAAGUAUUCAUCGUCGGCGUCAUCGUGGCUGCACUUUCGGCGCUUGGGUCUUUUGCAUUGGAAUGGAGAAGUGUAAAGGGCAAACAGGGCCCGACGGAAAAGAAGAGUAACGACAGUGGGAAGAAGCGAACAGAGACUUCUGCGGCAGAAAAGGUCUAG